AUGUCCACAGGGGAAGAGAAACUCCACGAAGCUCAAAAAUAUGUGCUCCUUUAUCUCCCUCCAUACCGACUACUCUGUAUGAUACUCCCUCCAAUUGGAGUCAUCUUCCACAUGUUUCAUAUCAGAGUUCUCCUCCAAAAGCAACUUCGCUCUAUCGCACUUCUCAAAUUCUUAUUGGCUAUCAGUCUCUGUGAUUUCACUUAUCUAGUGGUUCAAUUCAUUGAGGAAUUCUUCAUUUUUUACCUUCGAGUCAAAUUUUUCAAAUUUAACUCAAGAUUUUGUGAAGGCUACGAUUCAUAUGAAAUGCUAGUCCUAAGACUUGCUUUAAUCACUAUUCGCCGUGCUUCCUCCACUGCUAUCAUCCUUCUUUGCCUUGGAUUAGGAGCCUAUCAAAUUUCAAAAUUGAUAUUCUCAGCGGAUAUAUUUCAAGGCAAACCUUCUAAACACUUUGUGAAGCUAUUCUCCUGGACCGCAAUUUUUUCUCUAGUCUUGCAAUAUUUCAUAUUUUUCUACAGUGCUUUUAUUUAUGAAAACCUGGAUUGUUUCGGAUCAAAGCAGAAAAAUAUCGAGAAGCAGUACUCGUAUAUUUUCAUAAACGAUGGAGAUCUUAUUAUUGGAUUUUCAAGUCUCAUGCUGGCUAUAAACGUUAUUCAUCCUAUUGUCUCUGUGCUAGUUAUGUAUUAUCUGUUGAAGUGUACAAAGAAGGCGGAGGACAGGUUUGUGUGGACAUCUGGACCAACAUACAGUACCGUGCAGUUAGAUAAUUAA